CUCCGUGACCCCGCCCCCCCGAGGGAGGGGGCCAGGCGGUUACUCGCUGCGCUGGAGGGGAGCGGGGGCCGGGCUCCUGCUUGGCUCGUGUGUUACGCGCCCGCCGAGUCGGUGCCGAGGCCGCUGGCUCCUGAUUGUCCUUUGCGGCGGUCGCGGUGGCUGCUUUCUUGCCUCCGGUCCCGGGGCUGCGGGGCUACAGUGGUCGCGCCUCCCGUGGGACACGGCUUCCCAGAGCAGCACCCAAGGAAAGAUUUUCAUAAAGAAAUCUUUAUCAUCUGAAAACGAGUCAUCUCUUCUGAUGGAACACAGCCUCCUUACAGUUUGGGAAAUUGGAGAUUUAGGCUGUUGAAUCGUACUGCUGGUUUAUAAAUCUUGGCAGACAGUGCGGCUGCAGGCCAUCGAGCUGGACUUCCCUGCGGCUUUCUCGGCCGAGAGUGUUUGGCGUGCGUGGCCCAGCCUGUAGCCGGCGCCAUGCCAGCUUUGUCAGCAGGCUCUGGUAGUGACACAGGUCUGUAUGAGCUGUUGGCUGCUCUGCCAGCCCAGCUGCAGGCACAUGUGGAUAGCCAGGAAGACCUGACCUUCCUCUGGGAUAUGUUUGGUGAAAAAAGCCUGCAUUCACUGGUAAAGAUUCAUGAGAAGCUGCACAACUAUGAGAAGCAGAACCCCAGGCCCGUCCUCCCCGGCGCGGCAGUCCUGGCCGAUGACCUGGCUGAAGAGCUUCAGAACAAGCCAUUGAACAGUGAGAUCAGAGAGCUGUUGAAACUACUGUCAAAACCCAAUGUGAAGGCUUUGCUGUCUGUACAUGACACUGUGGCUCAGAAGACUUAUGAUCCUGUAUUGCCUCCUAUGCCUGAUGAUAUUGACGAUGAGGAAGAUUCUGUAAAAAUCGUCCGUCUGGUCAAAAAUAGAGAACCGCUGGGAGCCACCAUUAAGAAAGACGAACAGACUGGGGCAAUCAUUGUGGCUCGAAUCAUGAGAGGAGGAGCCGCAGACAGAAGUGGUCUUAUGCAUGUUGGUGAUGAGCUUAGGGAAGUGAAUGGGAUAUCAGUUGAGGACAGAAGGCCUGAGGAAGUCAUUCAGAUUUUGGCUCAGUCUCAGGGAGCAAUUACAUUUAAGAUUAUACCCAGCAUCAAAGAGGAGACAACAUCUAAAGAAGGCAAGAUGUUUAUCAAAGCCCUCUUUGACUAUGACCCUAAUGAGGACAAAGCGAUUCCAUGUAAGGAAGCUGGGCUUUCUUUCAAAAAAGGAGAUAUUCUGCAGAUUAUGAGUCAAGAUGAUGCAACAUGGUGGCAAGCAAAGCACGAAGGUGCUGCCAAUCCCAGAGCAGGCUUGAUUCCCUCAAAGCAUUUCCAGGAAAGGAGAUUGGCUCUGAGACAACCAGAAAUAUUAGUUCAGCCCCUGAAAGUUUCCAACAGGAAAUCAUCUGGUUUUAGAAGAAGUUUCCGUCUUAGUAGAAAAGAUAAGAAAACAAAUAAAUCCAUGUAUGAAUGCAAGAAGAGUGAGCAGUAUGAUACCGCGGAUGUACCCACAUAUGAGGAAGUGACACCCUAUCGGCGGCAAACCAACGAGAAAUACAGACUUGUUGUCUUGGUUGGUCCUGUAGGAGUAGGUUUGAAUGAACUGAAACGAAAGCUGCUCCUCAGCGACACGCAGCACUAUGGUGUGACAGUGCCCCACACUACCAGAGCAAGAAGAAGCCAGGAGAGCGAUGGUGUGGAGUAUAUUUUCAUUUCCAAGCAUUUGUUUGAGACAGAUGUGCAAAAUAACAAGUUUAUUGAAUAUGGUGAAUAUAAAAACAACUACUAUGGUACAAGUAUAGACUCAGUUCGGUCUGUCCUGGCGAAAAACAAAGUCUGCCUGUUGGAUGUUCAGCCUCAUACAGUGAAGCAUUUAAGGACACUAGAAUUUAAGCCCUAUGUGAUAUUUAUAAAGCCUCCAUCAAUAGAACGUUUGAGAGAGACAAGAAAACAUGCAAAGAUUAUUUCAAGCAGAGAUGACCAAGGUGCCGCAAAGCCCUUUAUGGAAGAAGACUUUCAAGAAAUGAUUAAAUCUGCACAGAUAAUGGAAAGUCAGUACGGUCAUCUUUUUGACAAAAUUAUAGUCAAUGAUGACCUUACCAUGGCAUUCAAUGAGCUAAAAACAACUUUUGACAAAUUAGAGACAGAUAUCCAUUGGGUUCCAGUGAGCUGGUUGCAUUCAUAAGUAAGGGAAAUCUCCACAGCAUCUUUCUGUAGAGUGCAUGGUUGAAUCAGUUAUCAUUUUGGUGGUAGGGCUUUUUAAAUCUCUCUUGCUGUUAUAGAUGUGCAAUCUUGGUUAAAAUUGAAUGUUCUCUUUUGUAUCAUUUUACAACCUUAUUUCAAACACAGUGUUUGAGUAUAAGAUCCAAAAUCAAUAUUUACACACUGUAUUCUGAGCAAAGCUCUGAAUCAUCUGGUUUCCUUAAUAGAUAGCUCUAUCUCCAAGAUGGAGUUGUACUUUUCAGAGAGACAUAUAUUGGAGUUCAGGGCUUCAGGUCUCAGGCAUGGUCCCCUCCAUCCAGUCUGCAGGGCAGCAGGUGAUGCCAUUAGCAGCCAUGAGCCACCCCAAACAUGGCAGCUUUCUGUGUUUCAGGUAGACCAUCACUAGUUCUCCUGGGCUUGCAGUAAGAUGGAGUCUGAUUAUUCUAAAAAGUGCAGUCUUUUUUCUUAGGUAUGCACAAUAUAUUCACACUGGAUGCAUUUAAAAAUAUUUCUUAAAGGAAUUACUGAAAAUUUGCCUUAGUGAGUGGCCUUUGUGCUACAACUUGUGAAAACUACAGUAGCACUUAUAUGUGACUCAAAUAUUUAAUAAGGGAAGACAGACUUCUUAUAUAUUUAACUAAAAACCCUUCUUUACAGCAUUCAUCUUAGUAAGAAUGGCCAAAUCUUGGGAAAAUAAUUACAAAAGACAUUUUUAUUAUAAAUCCUCAGACCACAUUUUAGAGUCACCAAAAAGGUUGUUUUAGCUGGUUUUGGAUUUUCACAGUAAAUUACAAGAAUGUGAUUCUUGUUCUAAAAAGUACAUGUCUUAUAAGUUACAGUUAAGGAAAAUGUGAUCAUUUUUCAAAUAUGCAAUAAGAUGUAUUUUAGAACACUUUUCUAAAUGUAAUAUCAAAUUAUUUUUUCAUCAUCAAAAUAAUUGGCCAGAUAUCCUAAUCUUGCCAUUUUUAAAUAAGUUUAAGAGAGACUCUUACAUUUUAUGUAUUUAGGUGGAAUCUCUCAUUUUUCCUUGAUACUACUGAUCUUCAGCAAAUACUAGAAAUGUCCCAAGUUGUGUAAGAGAGAACAUGUCCUGCCAGUCAGAAGUCAUUGCAUUUGAGAAUUUAGAUGUCAUAUUUAAGGAAAAAUAGAAUGUAGUAAAAUUUUAUAUAUUUAUGAAAUAUUUAAAAGGCAUAUUUUUUUUAAUUAUCAAAUGGGGCUGUUCAUAAAAUAAAUUGUAUGUAGAGAUGUCAUAAUUUAACAUAAUAGUUUUAUAAGUCAAGGUCAACAUUCCAUGUAAAUAUUUGACCUGUAUUUGAACACAGGUCCCCAUGAGUGUCAUCUGUGCACUGCAUGUCUGAAGGCAUUAUCCACUGAAUUUCUUUCACACAUUUCAUAUUAGAAACAAAAACUCCUGCAAUGGCCUUGAUACCCACAUACACCAAAAGAGAGAAAGUCUGUUUUCAGUAUGGUUUUAAUAUCAGAUUUGACAAUCCUCUUUCCCACCUUGUUUUUCAAGUUGUAUGGCUGGUCUAAGAAAAUACAAAUCUUAGUUUGGGUAGAAUAUUUUUCUCUUUGAAUAUUGAUUGAAAUUUCCUAUAAAUCAAGAUUUCCUGUUCAAAGAGUAACAAGAAAUGUAGGAUGAUUUAGGCAGUCCAAAUUCUUUGUUCUGAAAUACCUGCAUGAAUUCUUUAUUCUGGGGGUAGAGAGUGUAAAGUGGUAGAAACUGAGUCCUUUUGUUGUUAGUAGUGAUGAAAGUGUUAUAAAAAAAACUGUCCAGACCUUUCUUUCUUUAUACAAUAGACCUGAACAAUAUUUUUAAAUAAUGAAAAGGGGCGCUGAAGCAGUUUGAGAAACCUUUUAUCAGGUAGAAUAUAUAAUGUUGCAAGUAACAUUUACAUGACCAUCUUGAUGCCUGGAGAUCAAUUUAAUGAUCAGAGUUAAAAUUUAAUGAGUCAGUGAACUCCAGGGCUUUGUUGAUAACUGUAGGCCCCCUCGCCCCCAGGGAAGGCUCACACUAUGCUUCUCCCUCUACUAGUUCUUCAGGCAGCCUGCUGCCAAGACAGUGUGUCAGUACUAUUUGAGUGAAGAGGAAUGUUUAUAUUUUUAAGUCCCAUAUAUUUAAAAUCCAAGAUCAAGAAGGAAACUUUGUAUUCCCAUGGUUAACAAAUUAGAAUCAAUUAAAAAUUUUAAAAUGAAAUUGACAUAUAAUUUUUUACUUACCAAGACAGACGUUCUUGAUAUUUUUAAGGCUGACAUUCCUUGUAUUGUGUAUUGAUGAGAUGUGCCUAAAUUGUAGUAAUUUGACAGGCAUAUAAACUUCUCAGAUUUAUAAAACUGUUAAAAGCUUCCUGAAGAUAGAGUUUAUUAUUUAUAUGGUAAGGAUUUAUAAAUAAAUGUAAUGGAAAACCUCUGAUCUUAAUAAAGAACCUUCAAAUGA